CGACAACUCGCAAUGCUGAAGUCACGGCUGUUCUCUACGCUGCGCUGUCUGCAGCAUGAGAAUCCCCUCGGCCUCCCGCGCUCCGGCGCGCCUCCACAGCUACCGCGCAUGCAGCGAGGUCUGCCGCAAAGGCGAAGCAUAAAAGACGUCAAGAAAGUGAUUGCAGUGUCGUCAGCAAAAGGCGGCGUUGGCAAAAGCACGAUUGCUGUCAACCUCGCCCUCAGCUUCGCCCGCCGUGGCUACCGCGCUGGUAUACUCGAUACCGACAUCUUCGGCCCUUCGAUACCCACUCUUCUCAAUCUCUCUGGCGAACCGCGCUUGUCGAGCAACAAUCAGCUCAUCCCCCUCUCGAAUUAUGGCCUCAAGUCCAUGUCAAUGGGCUAUCUCAUCCCAGAGUCCUCGCCGGUAGCAUGGCGCGGGCUCAUGGUCAUGAAGGCACUGCAGCAGCUGCUCCACGAAGUUGAAUGGGGUGGUCUGGACGUGCUGGUGCUCGACAUGCCGCCUGGAACUGGCGACGUGCAGCUCACAAUUACCCAACAGCUCAACUUGGACGGUGCGUUGAUCGUGUCGACACCACAGGAUCUGUCACUUAAGGACGCCGUAAAAGGCGUGGAGCUGUUCAAGAAGGUCAACGUCAACCUGCUUGGCCUCGUCUGCAACAUGGCUGGGUUCAAGUGUCCGGGCUGUGGCUCGGUCCAUGAGGUAUUUGGUAACAUGAACAAGAUCCGUGACAUGUGCGGAAAGUACGACUUGAAGAUGCUGGGCGAGAUCCCGCUCCAUGCCAGCAUUAGCGAUGAUGCAGAUCGGGGCAAGCCGACUGUCGUUGCAGAGCCGGAUGGCGACAGAGCGGCAGCCUUUCUAGAUAUCGCUCGCCAGGUCGAAGCUGCUGUAGGGCUGACAAAGUGACAUGAUUCACCACGCAUAAAAGAAACGAUCAGCAUUGAGCCAUAUCAAAGUGUGAAUAAUUCUCGUCUGAAGUUGAGAUUCUAUCGGGUGUUGGUA